GAGACAGAAGAAGACAGCCUCUCACGCAGUGGUGGAGCUGGAGAAUACCAAGGAUUGCAGCCAGGCCGGGAAGCCUCUCUUCUGUCCUUUCCAUCCCACAGAGGAGCUAAGGCUGUUCUGCGAGCAGUGUGACCAGCCUGUUUGCCGGGAUUGCAUUGUAGAGAGACACAGGCAGCACCCCUAUGACUUCACCGGCAAUGUCAUCCACAGGCACGGGGACACCCUGCGGGAGCUGCUGAAAAAAACCCAGCAGCACAUGGGCACCCUAGAGGAUGUGCUGGGCCAGAUUGAUGACAUGGGCAGUGCCGUCCGUGGACGUGCAGAGGCUGUGGCCACAGAGAUCUGUCUGUUUGCCAGUGGGUAUGUGAAAGCCAUUGAAGAGCACCGGGACCAGCUGCUGAAGCAGCUGGAGGCCUUGAAGGUGCAGAAGGAAAACCUGCUGCACUUGCAGAAGGCCCAGCUGCAGCAGCUGCUGCUGGACAUGAGGACAGGCGUGGAGUUCACGGAGCGCUUGCUGACAAGCGGCUCGGACCUGGAGAUCCUCAUCACCAAAGGGGUGGUGGCGAGCCGGCUGGCAAAGCUGAACAGUGCUGCUUACAACACUCACCCCAGCGUGGACGACGGGAUCCAGUUCUCUGCCCAGGAGAGGGCAGGGCAGUGUUGUGGCUAUGAAGUUUUUGGGGCCAUUCUCAAUAGAGUGAUUGAUCCAGCUAGAUGUACCCUGCAUGGGGAAGAUCUCCACAGUGCCCGUCAGAAUCAGCUGACUGGCUUUACCCUGCUCUGCAAUGACACCAUGGGGGAGCGGGUGCGGCGAGGAGGAGAGACUGUGCGGGUCAGCAUCACCCACAAGGACAAGAGGGACUGUACAGUCAAGCCAACAGUGUGUGAUAACAGUGAUGGGACCUACCAUAUUUCCUACAGCCCUGAGGAGCCAGGCUUGUACGCUGUCUGCGUCUCUGUGAAAGGGCAGCAUGUACAGGGCUCUCCGUUCACUCUGACGGUGAAAAACAAGUUCUGCGAGCACCAAGGUGUGUUUCACUGCUGCGCUUUCUGCUCAAGCGGAGGGCAGAAAGCUGCUCGCUGCGCCUGUGGCGGGACCAUGCCAGGUGGGUACCAAGGCUGUGGCCAUGGACACAAAGGUCACCCUGGCUGCCCCCACUGGUCGUGCUGCGGACAAGUGAAGGAGAGCUCAGAGUGUUUGGGUGGACCACCCAACGACACCUCGCAGAGGAGUUUGCUCAGGACAGUGGCACUCUGAGCAGCCAGGUUAGCUCCUGCGAGCUCAGGGCAAUGCUGCUGGCUGCUGCGUGAGCACA